AUGGCGGAUGACUUUGAGUCGCCAUGGGUGGAAAAGUACCGGCCGCGUGUGUUGGCAGAAGUCGUAGGAAACCGUGAGACAAUUGCAAGUCUACAAGCAAUGGCUCAAGCAGGAAACAUGACGAAUUUGAUUCUUUCCGGUCCACCAGGCACAGGCAAGACCACAAGUAUCUUGUGUCUUGCACGCGAGCUCCUGGGUCCGAGCGUUAAGCAGGCGGUGCUUGAGCUCAACGCAUCUGAUGAUCGUGGUAUCGAUACAGUGAGAAAUAAGAUCAAGAUGUUUGCACAACAAAAGGUGACGCUGCCGCCGGGCCGUCACAAGAUUGUGAUUCUGGACGAAGCGGAUUCCAUGACGGCCGCGGCUCAGCAAGCGCUGCGACGGACGAUGGAGAUUUUCUCGGCCACCACUCGAUUUGCGCUAGCAUGUAACAAUUCUACCAAAAUUAUUGAGCCAAUUCAAAGUCGAUGCGCAAUAUUGCGCUAUACGCGGCUACAUGAUGAGAUGCUACUGCGUCGUUUGCUGACGGUUUGUGAGAAAGAGAACGUCGGGUACAAGGAGGAAGGUCUCGCUGCUCUCAUUUUUACAGCGGAAGGAGAUAUGCGUAAUGCAUUGAACAAUCUACAGGCUACAGCCAGUGGUUUUAACUUUGUCAGCGACGAGAAUGUGUUCAAGGUCUGUGACCAGCCACAUCCAGCAGUAGUGAGGGAGAUCUUGAAUCAGUGUGCAAAGGGGGAAUUGGAUGGAGCGGAGAAUCAGGCGAUUAAGCUCUGGAAGAGUGGAUACUCGUCACUGGAUAUCAUUGGGACUAUCUUUAGAGUGUGCAAGGCGCUGCCAAUGAAAGACGAGAAGCUGAAGCUUGAGUUCAUCAAACUCAUCGGAAUGACGCACAUGUGCAUUGCUGAUGGAGUCUCAACUCUACUGCAGAUCCAUGGCCUUGUUGCACGAUUAUGUUCUGCAGCGUUGGCUACGAAAACAGAAGGUUGA